GUCUCUUCGUGGCAGAAGUUCGACUCCACCUCGAGGAAACGCCACAGUUUUCAUCAGUUGGACGAGCUGCGGAGUAGAGCGCUGCCAGCUGACCCCAGACCUGCCGGAGUCCGCGCGCGCAGGAGCAACAGGUCCACAAUGGCCGACCGUUUUGACUGCGACAACUGCAAAGAGUCCCUUUACGGCCGAAAGUACAUCCAGUCAGACGACAGCCCGUACUGCAUCCCCUGCUACGACAGCCUCUUCUCCAACACGUGCGAUGAGUGCAAGGAGCUGAUCGGCCACGACGCUCGGGAGCUCUUCUACGAGGAGCGGCAUUACCACGAGCACUGCUUCCGCUGUUUCCGCUGCGAUCGCUCACUGGCCGAUGAGCCCUUCACCAGUCAGGACGACGCCUUGCUCUGCAACGACUGCUACUGUAAUGAGUUCUCCUCCAAGUGUGUGGCCUGCGACAAGAUCGUGAUGCCAGGUACGAGGAAGCUGGAGUACGCAGGUUCCACAUGGCACGAGGGAUGCUUCAUCUGCCACAGCUGCGAGCAGCCAAUCGGGUCCAAGUCCUUUAUUCCAGACAAAGACGAGCACUACUGUGUCCCCUGCUACGAGGAGAAAUUCGCACCUCGCUGCACUCGCUGUAAAAAGGCACUGGCGAAAGGGGGCGUGACUUACCGUGACGAGCCGUGGCACAAGGAGUGUUUUGUGUGCACCAACUGUAAAACCCAGCUCGCCGGUCAACACUUCACCUCCAGAGACGACACGCCCUACUGCCUCAAGUGCUUCAGCAGCUUGUACGCCAAGAAGUGCGAGGCCUGCUCCAAACCAAUCACAGGGUUCGGCGGAGGAAAGUACAUUUCGUUCGAGGAGCGUCAGUGGCACCAGCCUUGCUUCACCUGCUCCCAGUGCUCCGUGUCACUGGUGGGCGCCGGCUUCUUCCCGGAUGGAGACAGGAUUCUAUGCCGCGAGUGCCAUACCAACCUAUAGGGCACCAUUUCGACACCAAAUAAUCCGGAAAGCUUUAACUUCACCAACACCCCAAGGUUGCCUCUCAGGUUGUUAUAGAGGAAAUUGACUUUUCUCCCUGUAAAGCUUUACGUUCCAUCUGAGACAAACUUUGCCGUGUAUUGAACAAACUUUAUUGAUUUUACAUAACAUUGCUUGUAUAUCACUGAUCACUUCAGUUAAAAUGCAAAAUGCUAGUCACUUUGCUUUAUGUAAAAAUGCCCUUUUUUCUUAAGGAGCUGGGCUUUGAAGUAGCACAACACUAUAGAACUGUGUUGUUGUCACUGCGUCCUUAUACUUUUGUCCUCGUGUGUCAGGUCCCUCUCUUUAUUUUCAAUUCAAUCAUCCUCAACAAGUUACUGUAUAUAGUUGCAGAGAAAGAGGUGUGACACUGCUGUAUAUUGAAAAAAAAAACAUUUGAUUUAAGACUUAAAAUGUGGUAGUUUAUGAGAAAUAUGUUAUUAAAAAACAAACAAUUGCACUUUGGACUUUCUUGCUACCAUAUAUUGAGCACAUUCACACUCUAUACAAAGAUAAAGCACGAGACACGCAAACCACUUUUUCAUCUAUAUUUCUGCUGGAAUUAUGCUUAUUUUAUCAUUUUAUCCUUUUUGUUUUUUAUUUUUGCUUCAGGAGCCAAUUUUCAUAACCAUGACAAUAUUUUUUUCAGUCGGGAGUAUGCAUGUUAUUUUUUUUGUUGACACGGUUGCUUUGGUUUCUCUGUACAUUUGUGGCGAAUGUUCUUAUUAAAACAAGUUUUA